GGAAAUAGUGUUAUCAAACAGGAAGUGUGGCAUUUACCUCCCGAACUUGAGACGGGCGCCAUGGAGGCCUACGAGCAGGUCCAAAAGGGGCCCCUGAAGCUGAAAGGCGUCGCAGAGCUCGGCGUGACCAAGCGGAAGAAGAAAAAGAAGGACAAAGAUAAGGCGAAACUUCUGGAAGCGAUGGGAACGAGCAAAAAGAACGAGGAGGAGAAGCGGCGCGGUCUGGACAAGCGGACCCCGGCCCAGGCGGCCUUCGAAAAGAUGCAGGAGAAGCGGCAAAUGGAAAGGAUCUUGAAGAAAGCAUCCAAAACCCACAAGCAGAGAGUUGAGGACUUCAACAGACACCUGGACACACUCACAGAGCACUAUGACAUCCCCAAAGUCAGCUGGACGAAGUAGCCUCCCUGCCCAGGACAAGGAGUGGCGUCGGGGGAAGCAGAAGGCGAAGUUGGGGUUAUGUUUGGUGUCUUUGGUUUUUUCCAGAAACAUUCUUUUACACACACCCUGGCAUCUUCUGCCGAGCGGUGCUUUUCAGAGAAGUUUGCCCUCAUUCUGGAACUUGAUUAAAGUAAGACUGUCCUUUAA